GAGUAUAAAAACUUUGUUUUCUUCCAUUUUCACUGAGUUGCUUCAAAGCAAUGACUCUUAACUCAAUAAGUGCAAGAGCGUUGUGAACACCUUGCUCCCGAGCAACAAACGAAAUCCUGAGCAGCAAAACUCUCCAAGCCCUACGACUUCCCUUCAUAAUGGUCUCUUCCAAAGGCAUAUUGUUCUUUAUUCCUGUCGUUCUUCAAGUGGUAGCUGCAACGGCUUGCGACUACGGGUCAUGGUAUGUCGAGAUCAACCUUGCAGCAGGCGCUCAAGGUAACCGACGUGGAGAUCUCUACGCCGAGCAUUCCAAGACUCCAGGAGUGAUUAGUCACUCAGUUUGGAUAUAUGACCCGGAGACGAAGUUGACUACCUUUAGUGCGGAAGACCCCACCUUGAACAACACCCGUAUAUCUGCUAUCGGUCUGCAGAAUUUCGAAAUAAAACAGACUGUACUUGACAUUCCCCUGAAGGGAUUUGGGCCCAUCGACAUGUACUUUAACCCGGGUGCAAAUGGUCGCGGCGGCAAGGGAAACGCAACAAUCGUUUCAAAGUUGGAUGAGUAAAUUGGCAGGGUGCUAGCAUAGUCUUAUUCUCAGUCAAUGUUAUGCCGCCUCAUUAGCUUCUCAGCACGGCCUGAAAACAGCAAUGACAUGGGUAUGGAUUUCGAAACCCGGAUUUUGCUGUUUGGGCAGCAAAAUGUCGAUGACGCUGCGAACGCAGGAAAAAUGUAUUCCUUGCGCGUGGCCUACGUGCAAAAAGUUGGAAUGUUAAAAUCAUAGAUUACUGAUUAUUCCUGAUUAAUAUGCCACAGUUCCUGG